UGGUGCUCCCGGACAACGCUGGCGCCGCCCGGGGCCGUCAUUCUGUGGUCUGCAAUGGCGGACUCGGUUCCAUGUGUGGGUGUGCUGGGGUUGCUACUUGUGUCUGCACUGCCCGGGGUCCUCGGAGACCGCUCCAGCCCCGACCUCCGGGCACACCCAGGAGACCCCUUCCAGGUCGGCCCUGAGGCCGCGGAACCCCGGCGACGGCCGCCGCCCAAGGACCAGCGCGAGCGGGCCCGGGCCGGGGCUCUGCCUCUGGGGGCGCUGUACACCGCAGCUGUCGUGGCUUUUGUGCUGUACAAGUGUUUGCAGCAGGGGAAAGAUGAGAAUGCUGUUCUUCAAGAGGAGGCAGGCAAGAAAGAAUCACUGCAGUCAGAGCAACAGUUGGCCCAGUUGACACAACAGCUGGCCCAGACAGAGCAACACCUGAACAAUCUGAUGGCCCAGCUGGACCCCCUUUUUGAGCGUGUGACUACCCUGGCUGGAGCCCAGCAGGAGCUUCUGAACAUGAAGCUUCAGACCAUCCACCAGCUGCUACAAGAGAGCAAGCCAAACAAGGGUGUGGAGGUUCCAGAACCAGGAAUAUUCCUGAUCUUUCCCCUCACAGAGGCCAGCAUACCCUUUCCUGAGGACUUAUGUAUAGAGGAGGAGGAGGAGGAGGCUGGUGACAGUCAGGCCUGGGAGGAGCCCUUGAACUGGAGCACAGAGACAAGGAACCUAGCUCCUCCCUGGGAAGUGGAGCAGGGGCUAAGGAGAAGAUGCAGCAAGGCUGUGGGAAGGGCCGCGGCCCCAGUCCCCGCCUGGGAGGAGGAACGACAGCUGAAGGUUUAGUAAAACAAAGUCUGUUCUUGUGACUGGA